CAGGUCCUGAGGCGAGCAGAAGGGAACUUGAGCUUUAGGCGGGAACCGCCUCCCCGGGCAGGCUCCGGCCUGGGGCUUCAGCAGCCGCCCUGGUUGGCCCAGGAGAAGGGCGGAGUUCAGGAGGCGGAGAGGCGCGGCGCGGCGAGCAGGGCCCUCUUGCUCCGGAGUGAAGUCCGCUUCCUUGCGGGGAGGGGAGUUGCGAGGGCGACGGCAGCAGCAGCAGCAGCAGCAGAGAGUGACCUGGGACGGUGGGUGAGCCUGGAGAAAAAGGAGUGAAGAAUAAGUUUCUUUUAGGGGCCUUGCGAGCCCCACCCGCGCUAGCAAGGCGGGAAGUUUAGGGCGCCGCUUUUGUCAGUCUCGCCUGCUUUGUUUGGUAGGAACUCGGCUCUCUCCCCGCCCAGGGUUUAAUAAAAGGGCGCGAAACCCGGCUGAAGGGUCCCCGGCCCCGCUGCUCGAUUCUCUUUGUCAGGCAACUAGUCCCUGAAUCCCCUCGGAUAUAUUUGCCGGGUUGAGGCCUUUCAUUGCCACCAGCUUAGUGGCGGUGAGCGCAGGGAUCUCUUCGUGGCUUUUCUCAUCGCGGUGGACUUUGGGUCGUACUUUCCCCCUCCUUUUAAAACCUAAUCUGGAAUUGCAGACCCUAGUUCUGUAAUCAGUCACCACUGAGAUUCUUGUUAGUUUGUUAUGAACCUGCAGUCGUCAUAAACUGCUGUUAAGAUAUUGUAAGAAUCUGGAUUACUGUAUCAAAGUGCUUUGUGUAUGUUCCUCAAAAGCACUAAUUAGAAUUUAUGCUGUAACCCACUGUAACAGGAUUGGUGUGUGUGUGUGUGUGUGUGUGUGUGUGUGUGUGUGUGUAAAAGUGUAAACUUUUAUCAUUUUACUAGUCCUGCCCCCCCAAAGUAAUUAAAGCAUGCAGCUGAUGAAAAUGUAGUGAUUGAAAUGUGGGUGACUAUAAGUGAUUAUUUGCCAAGCGGUCCCUGCUCCUGCCAACCUAGCAGUUCGAAAGCACGUCAAAGUGCAAGUAGAUAAAUAGGUACCACUCCGGCGGGAAGGUAAACGGCGUUUCCGUGCGCUGCUCUGGUUCACCAGAAGCGGCUUAGUCAUGCUGGCCACAUGACCCGGAAGCUGUACACCGGCUCCCUCGGCCAAUAAAGCAAGAUGAGUGCCGCAACCCCAGAGUCGGCCAUGACUGGACCUAAUGGUCAGGGGUCCCUUUACCUAAUUCACAGUGGAGUAAGAAAGUAAGUAGUAUUGUUGUGCCCAAGUGGUGGAGGCAGACCCAGCUCCAGGUUUUUGUCCCUACCUACUUAUUUCUACUGUCCUUCCCUUUCUCCCUAUGGCUGUCCUCGUUCUUUCUUCAUGGACCAUCUUGCAUGCUUUCUCUUGCAUGCCACCCACUCGUGUGGUUCUCUUCCUCCACCUUUCACUCAGUCCUUUUAUGCUCGUCUGCCUCAGCUAUUCCCCCCAGUUGUGUUGCCUGCCAGCGGCAUUUGGAAGCCACUGGGGCUGCUGCAGCCACCCCACUUUCUUGCCAGCUGAGGCUCCUGGGUUCCCUGCCAGGGCAGAUCUGCUGCUUCACAGCCCCUGCAGGUGAUGUCGGGAACCAGUGCUGAGACCCACAGCAGCCUUUCAUUGUCCCCAUUAUCUGUUCAGGCUUUGGGAUUGUCCAGAGCAGCAGACUAUUUACUGGACAUGAUGAGUUAGGGUAAUGCUUGCAGUUGAACAUAGCUGGGAUUUGACAAACUAGCUGUCACUGGCUAUAGCCCCAUGGUUUGCCUGGAAUAGAUGACUGCCUUUCUGUCCUGGAAAGCGAUGACGUUGGUAGGAUAGGCAGGGUUUUCGCAGAAUACAAGAUCUGGUAGCUGAAUUAUGGACACACUCUGAGUCACAUGAAGAUGAAUGGUAGUGUAAUGAACAAAGCUGCUUGCUAUUAUUAAUGAUUUUGUAAGUACUCGUAUGUCAACAACAGGUUUUGCGUCAGGACCAAAUGCUUCUGUUCUAGCUAGCACUUCUUCAGUUUCAGCCACCAUGAGAGUCGGAGGUGCAGAUAAAUGGAAAAGCUACAACCUUGACUCCUUGAUUGAAUGCUGCCCUUGUGGAUAACAUUGGAAAACAGGUGCCCUGACUAGACUAGAUAUCUACCAUUGUCAUCUUUUUGUAUAUAGAUAACGUGGCCCAUAAAAUCGAUAUCCUAUGACAUAAGAUUAAGAGCUGUUCUGAUGUCAUGCUGUCUUUCCUGGGAGUGCUUUGGGAAGAAUUUCUCUUAGAAUAAUGUUAUGGAAAGCAUUAUGUUGGAACUGGAAAACAAGUAUUAUUACCAUCAUUUUAAUGUUUCCCAUGAGUAUUCCAUGCAAGUUAUUCUAAAAAUGUUUGUCUGUAAAGGCCCUGAGACCUCCAGAAUUCGAGGGAAGUUUGAACCAGUUGAUUGCUGUGCCUGUUGUCUAGAAUAGGAGGGAAGUAACAAUGAGAGCUGAAGGACAGAAGCAAAACAUAUUGGGUUUGUUGGACAGUCUGUAAUUAAAAUAUACUGUGCACAAAUGUGUGCCUGAAGAAAAUUAAUAAUAAUAAUGCUAAAGUGUUUAAUGUUGUCAUAGAUCCUAAAACUAAUGCUGAAGGGCCUCUUAGCAAUAUCUGCUGACCCCAGCCAGUAAGUUGGCAGGGUGGUGGUAUGCAGCCCAACAGGAGUUGGCCCUGAUGUCGUCUGUGCCUGCCUCCCUCCCUCUCUUCCUCCUCACAGUGCAGGACAGAUGGUGUCUUUGCAAAAUUGAUUCCAUGCUCUCACCUGAUUCUCAGCCCGAGGAGCAAUAACAGAGGUGGCUGUGGAAGGUGCAGUGAGCAGAACGAUUCUUGUCACUCCUCAGAGAAGGAAGAGAUGUGGUUGUGGCAAGGGACUCCCAUCAGAGGGGGACAGAGGCAACAGUGUUUGGAGGAAUGUUUCAUUGUUUCAGUUGUCUCUACACGAAUGCACAGAGAAUGGGAAGCAAGCAAGAAGAACUUGCAUUCCUGAAACCUGGUGGGAUGAUAGUCAUGAAUGGGAUGUAGAAACGGAGAGGUACAACGUGUUCCAAAGGAACAGAUCAAACAGGAACAGGCAGUUCCUUUUCUUUCACCUUGAUUCUCCCUACAGCUUUUGUGAUCCUUUUCGAUUUUCUGCCCUAAGCUGUUGUCUGAUCACUGCUUUCAAGAGAUUAAGUCUGCAAUCCUCAACAAGCCCCACUGAACACAGUGUGGGACUUACUUCUGAGUAAACAAACAAGAUUGCACUAUGUGGCUAUGCUUCAGGGAUGGUGGAAGCAAAACCUGUGAUCUGGACUUUUGUGUUUUCCUGUCAAGUGGUGUUGUAUUAAACAGGCUAUAUAAAUGUCAAUUGUUAUUAUUAAUCUCUUUCCUACAUUAGAAGAUUUAAUGGACAUACUGUUUUCCGUAGUGACACCAUUGUCACAAUCACUUCUGCUGUUUUAAUUAGAGGUGGCAACAGUGGCAGUCAGAUGUUUAAUUACAUUUUGUAAAGGUGACUAGAAUUAACUCAUAAAAUUAGCGGCUAAUGCAGUGCACACAAAGUUGACCGCUUUUGACCAUAGUUAGGAAGAAGAAAAUAGUGGUCACAAAGUCCAUUAGAGAAGAAAAAUCCAGGAUGAGUGCUGUGCUAGAGAGGAAAAUGGAAUAAGAAGCCAUUUGAAGGAACUGAAUCAAUUUGUUUCAUUAUCUGAUUCAGUGCAGAUCUUCUGGCUGGCUCUUAAUUUUUUCAAAUGACUCCAUGUUUGGAAACCUAACAUGCUGUCCCAAAUAGUAUUGCCUACAGGAAUUAAAUAUUAAACCACAAGCAAAUAAUUCAUUGUUUGUUCAAAUUGUACUAUCUCAGUCCGGCUAAGAAUUCAGAGAAAAGUUUCUAACUUAUCUUAGGAGGAAAUAAAUUUGUGCCAUCUUGAUUUCUAUAGCCAAAUAUAUUUUCACUCUGAGUGUUACCAUUUCUUUGCUACUUCUGGUUCAUUUGGUUGUUAAAUGGAUGCAGUCCUGCUAAAGAGAACCUUCAAGUACUCUGGCUAAACCAGAUCUGGGACUCAUUGUCUCUCUUCCCAGUCAAAAGGAACUCUGCAGUGUUUGAGAGAGUGAAAUGUUUCAGUUUAUGACAAAGCGUGAAAUGUGAUAUAUCUCUUCGCAGCUGGUGUCCUUUCUGCCAUUCCACUGCAAUCCUACAAAAACUUGGGAAGAUUGUAGGAUUGAGUUCCCUUGAACUCAGUGGGACUUACAUUUGAGUAGAUAUGUUUAGCCUACUUUCUGCUGAAUAUUACUCCAGAAUUGCACAGCUUGUGACUUAAAUCAAGCCAAAUAUAAUCUAACAAAUAGGAUGCAGAAGAAGGAAUUUCAGUUGUAGCUUAGCCUAUCUGCUGAAAAUACCCUCUUGUCUACAACUAUUAGAGUUGCAGGAGUCCUGUCUUUGGUAUCUGGACAUCCUACCAAUAUCCCCCUUGUUUUUGCAGUCCCAGCAAAAAGGGAGUUAUUUAAUUUACUAUAAGGGAGAUGAGAACAUAGGAAGCUGCAUAUAAUGAGGAAGACCGAUUUUCCAACUAGCUCAAUGCCGUUAACUCUGAUUUCCAAUGGCUCUCUGGGUUUUCAGAUCGGAAUCUUUCUCAACCCUACCUGGAGAUGCAAGAAAUUGAACCUGGCACUUUCUGCAGGUUCUGUACCAUUCGGUUUCAGCCUUUCCUCUGCUUAGAACGACUUUGGAUUUAGGGAAACUCUCUGAUAAGGUUAUGUCCCUGUGGCUCAGAAUAAAUAGAAACAGCAAGCCAUGUUGUUGUUUUGCAACCUUUAUAGUUGUUGUUGUUUUGCAACCUUUAUAGAAAUCUCUGGAAAGAAUUGCUUGAUCCAGUAAUCGUUUUGUAUCCUAGAAGGAUAUGUGUACUUUAUGUUUUCCCCAACCUUUCUUUCUGAUACAAAUAAGUUUAUUACAGAAACUGUUGCAAAAUUCCUCUUGAGAGCAAGAAAGAUGCAAGCUACAUCUGCAUCCAAAUAAAUGUAACAACUUCGUCUUACCCAUCAAUAGAUUUUUUGAUCCUGUAUCUCAUUUGUGCAUGUUAACAGUUGCAGAAGUUCUAUUUGGAGGUCUGUUGGCUGGUUGAAUAAAUGUGUUGACAGGUUGACUUUACCCCAUUUCGGGGGCUCCAUUUGGGUUUGUUUAAUGUGAUGAGCAUCUUGCUCAUUCACAUGCCACUCAAAAGUUCCUACUUUACCCCCUUCCCUUCUCCUGGCUGUGCUGUGGCAGGAGCAACAAACCACAAACUUUGACUUGUUGAUGUCAUCCAAUUGCAGCUUGUGGUUUGUUUGGUGGGGGAGCCUGGGUUUGGGCAUCAUGACAAGGCUUGUAGUUUGGUCAUGGUGCGGUUCUGGCAGGAGUAAGAAGCAGGGAGUUCUGAGAAGGCCUGCAAAUUUGGAUUGGCUUUAAGGAGAGACAGAGAGAAAUUAGAACUAUGGGAGUACAGGCAGCCCCCUACUUAUGCGGAGGUUACUUUCUGAACCUCCGUGAGCAUAAGUGAAAUCACGUAAAGUAGAGAGCACCCCACUUUAAUAGGGAUGGUGUGCAGGGAGAAGAGAGAGGGAAACUCACUUGCUGCCGGGGCUGCUGUCUGAAAGUUGCUCAGGGCUACUGCUCAGCCUGUCCCAAGUCUUCCCUCGCUCAGGCCACUGCCUGGCAUGCCUUCCCUCACUGCAGAGCAGCCCAGUAUGCCUUCCCUUGCUCACUUCCAAGCAGCAGCCCCAAGUGAAAUAACACCUGUCUGUCUGUCUGUCUGUCUGUCUGUCUAAUGAUGACCUGCUUAAACAUGGUUGCACACAAGUGGAAUGUGUAUAAGUGCGGGGGUGCUGCUGCUGAAAAACAUAGUGGCAUUAAGUAAGGAGCUCUAAUUGACAGCACCAUCCUAUAUAUGCCUGCACAGAAGAAAAUCCCACUGAAUUCAGUGGGGCUUACUCCCAGGCAAGUAGCUAUAGGGUUGCAGUCCUAAUCUUACAAGGGACACAGUUUCUGUUCCCCACCCUCACCCCCUACCUGAGCAAGUUGGCCUUUAAAAAAAAAGGUUAUUUUGGGUUUUAUUAAAACAGGUUUCUGGAUGAAUACUUACCUCUUCUAUUGCAUGCUUGCUUUCUUUUUUUUUAAAAAAUGGUGUGGGUGUGUAGACUUAAGCAAUACUUCCUCUAUCCCUUACAUUGUUUUAAAAAGAUUUUAUUUGACAGUGAAUGUCCCACAUCACCUCAGCAGUGGGAAGCAUGUGUUUUGUUGGCUUGCCUCUAAAACAGCAAAUAGUCUUACUUAUUGGGGGGGGGGGGACGUAUUAUCCUUCAGCAACACUCUCCCACCAUUAGGAUGAAACCAUAAUCAUGCAAUUGCUCCAGAAUUUUGCUAGUGGGGUUGUACUUCUGCUAGUUAAGCUGCUGCCCAUGGUACUUUUAAAAAAUAUAAUGUCUCCAUGAGCUCGCAGGUCCUUGUUUUGUUUGAACUUAAAGUAUUUUAAAAUGAAGCAAUUUUAAAAUUAAGCAAUUUCUCGCAAUAUGACUUUUCCAUUCCACAGUUUGCAUUUCACUGCUUUUCACACCUUUCCUAACAUACUGAUAUGUACAGUAAAGUUCCACUGUGAAAUUUCUUCGAGUCAUUUCAGUUUUUUGCAGGUCUUAUUAAAUGUCAGUGACAGAGCGCCAUGCCUGCCAUUAAAGUAUUUACUGCUGUCUCUAAGAAAUAACAGUUCUAAACCAAGAUACAAUACUUUGCAUAGACAUGCUUUUUGCACGACUAUGUAAAUAACUCUGUGAAAGUACCGGGGGUGGUGGUGGGGCGGGAUUGAGGACAACUCAUCUUUCCAAAAGAGCAAGCUGCAAUUAUCUCUCCACCCCAUAGAAGGCAACAAAUAGCUACUGGGACAUGCCUGUACUGAGCAUUUUGGGUCAUAGCAAUCUGGAUUUAGCAUUGUUGUUCUGCAUCGCAUUUACAAUAAAAUGCAUUUUUAAUAUGCCACUAUAGAGAGCCUGGACUAACAGCAUUAAAAUGCGCUUGCCAAGCUGAAAUGACUGCAGAGACUGUGUGUGCAAUUAUUAUAGUACAGCAAUAAGAGAUUACUAUAGGAAAUUAACCUAGGGAGUGUACUCCUUACAAAAGUAUUAUAAUGACUCGGUGCUGAUAUUCACACUACUCCACUGGCACAAACCUUAUUUGGUAGAGAGAUGUUUGCGCUGCUAUAAUAAUUUGAGGAACCAUUCUAAUCUCAUUGGAAAUUAAUACCCCUGUUUGAAAAUAAAAAGUACUGUCACCUAAGUGUUUUGCCUGUGGGCAUGGUUCUGGAUUAUAUUUAUAAUUGAUUGUUAAACUAUGGUGACUGAUCAGUUGUUUGUGGUGUGCUUUCAGGUUGAUUCUGUCUGUGGGGUUUUCUAGAUCAGAGUGUUAACUUGCCAAAUUAGUCUUGUCGGAUGAAUCUAGCAAAGAAUACCAGCUUCUCUUCUUCCUUUGCUGCUAACUAUGUAGGGCCUACAUAUUUAGAGCAGCUUCGUGGGAAUAGAAAGGAAUAUAGCUUCAAUUUCAAAAUCUUUUAGUAGCCUCCUAUGUGGCGGCUGGAACAUAAGAAAAUGUGAUCUGCAAAGAACUAUCUAGCCAGAAGAGAAGUGUUAGAAACUGAGAUAUAGAAGCAAAUGGCUCCUUAAAACAAGGUUGCAGUUUCCAAAACAGAAUAUGCAAUUGUCAUUUUGAGGCAAGACUUUUAUUUUUCAAAUGAUGGACAGGCUGCGGUUGAUUAUCAGUUAAACGUCUGGCUAGUUCAGAUGACAACCUUGAGCUAAGUUAAGAAGUUUGAGAACUGAAAGAAAAAAGGUUGCUUUAUCCAGGGACUGUCCACAUAUAUAUUAGCCUAUUCCAACCUCCUUUUCUUAAUGGUGACACGAAUAUUCUUCACAACCGUGAGCGGGGCAGUGGAGUGGGGUAAGCGAAUACAAGCUACAACCAUUCACUGUUAUGUUGUUCACUGCUCCUGCUGAGACUGCACAGAGAAAGCAUUUUGGUUCCUGAAAUCCUUUCUGAUUGUGCAGAUAAAAUAUAGCUGAUAGAAAUCUACAGGUUGUGGCGUUAGUGUGAGAAAACAGUCAAGAUCCAGUGUUCCCCAGGCAUGAACCUCCAGGUGGUGGUGAUGUCAGGUGCCAUCUUAGUGCCUAGGCAUCUUCACGUGGUUGCAAGUGGCUGAUAGCCAGGUGCAAAAUGUGCCUGACGUCCGGCUAAUUUCAAACACUGUAGAAGAGUGGUCUGCAGUGCAAUCGAGUUUAAAAAAAAACACUGGAAUAGACUGAUCUAUGACAGGUUGGUCAGAACAAAUGGAUCAUUCUUUGGGGGCAGUAGUUUGGAUUAUAUGUCCUUUUGUUCCCUUCCAAAUCUAUGCUUCUACGUUUUUCUCCAGUAACGUACACAAUCAAGCUUUGUGCCAAGAAGAAGUUGGAUGUGCUUGCAUCAGUAUUCUUAAGUUACCUUACAUACAAUUUCUCAUGUUCAAGUAUGACUCUCUUGACAAAAAAGGAACGUGAGUAUUGGCUUAGGGUCAGGUUUUUUUGAUCCCUUAUCUGCUGUGUACGUGUUUAAUUAUAGGAAAAAUCCAUAGGAAGCUCAAUGGAAUUUUGGGUCAAGUCAGAACUACAGAAUGUAGGGGUGUGUGUGGAGGUUUCACACUUGGGCUGAUUCAUAUGUUAUGUUCAGCUACUGAUAUUUGCAUUUGACAGUAUGUGCAAGUAAACAACCCACAAAGAUGGUGCAACAUAUGAGAAACGGUGCAUAUGUAAUGAUGCAAACUUGACUUCUGAAGCAGGAUGAGAUCCAGUGGCAGAAAUCAGUGCUCAAGGCAAAUUGCGGAAGUUCUUACACAUGAGUUAAGCUGUUUACUCAAGACAUACAAGCGCCCACCAGUUGCUAGAAGUACUGUGAAUCUCCCAAACCGAAAUAGUGGGGCAGCUGUUGACUUCAUUGUUACAGAAAACUAGAUGAAAAACACACACACCUUGGUGGUUAAAAUGUUUUUGUGCUGUGUAGUUUUAUCAGAGAUGAAAAGGAGCCAUGCAGAAUAAGUUAUGUUGAGCUCAGCAUAUUGUUUAAAUCUAAUUAACUCCCCAGUUUUUAAAAAAAUGAGAACAUCUCUUUUAAGUGACGAAAGCCAGUUGUGUUAUGCAAUCACAUUAACCUUUCUUUCCUUCUUUGCCUUGACUGUAAGCAUGGGUAGGAUCACUGAAUUUUCACCAGAACUACAGCCUGCUCUAACAGAAUGUUAGCUCCCAUCAAAAGUAGUCAAUUAAUAGCCAGGGCAGACAGCUCAAAUUUAAUCAGAAUGUACAGGAGAUGUAUUUUGCUUUUAAUGCUUUGCACUAGAGAAAUCCCCUUGGAAAUCUUGUUGAUUGUAAGCACUGUUUGUGACCUAACUUCUGUCUGCUCCUGGACCCAGGAAUCUGCGCUAGCAAAGCAAUAUUUCUUUACCUUCAAUAAACAAAUCAGUACUUUGACCCACAUAUUGCAAGGGAGACAGAAGCUUAAAUCCCUUGAGAAAGGGUUGAAGGAGUGUGCAUGUUUAGCAACAGAAGGGCUGAUUAAUAGUAGCCAUCUUCAAAUAUUUGUUUCUGUUGCUCCAGAGGAUAGGGCCUAAACAAGUGUGUUCAAAUUACAAGAAAGGAAAUUUUCACCAGGCAUUAGGAAGAACUUUCUGGUGGCGUUCGCUGUUCAGCAAUGAACAGAUUGCCUCCGAAGAAGGUGAUAGACUCUACUUUGUUAGACAUUUUAAAGCAGAGGUUGGAAGGCUACCCAUAUUAGGAAUGGUGUAGCAACAGAUUCCCUUCCUUAGCAGUGAUUUGGACUAGAGCACCUUUUGAGACGGGACACUGGUGGCGCUGUGGGUUAAACCACAGAGCCUAGGGCUUGCUGAUCAGAAGGUCGGCAGUUCGAAUCCCCGUUGCCCAGUCUCUGCUCCUGCCAACCUAGCAGUUCAAAAGCACGUCAGAGUGCAAGUAGAUAAAUAGGUACUGCUCCAGCAGGAAGGUAAACUGCGUUUCUGUGCGCUGCUCUGGUUCGCCAGAAGCGGCUUAGUCAUGCUGGCCACAUGACCCAGAAGCUGUACACCGGCUCCUACGGCCAAUAAAGCGAGAUGAGUGCCGCAACCCCAGAGUCGGCCACGACUGGACCUAAUGGUCAGGUGUCCCUUUACCUUUACCUUUUGAGAGCCCUUCCAAUUAAGACUCCAAUCCCUUUUUCAUUCUAUCCUCCAGUGAUAUUUUCCUUUAGAAGAGGACAGGCACAUCUGCCCUUUCAUUCCCAAGAAAAGCAUUUCCCCUCCUGACAUAGAUAAGCCAUGCAGUAUUGUAUGAUUCUAUGCAAGAGAUAAAUGCAGUGGCAAAUCGGCAGGUGUUCUUUCUGCAUGAGGUGAGGUUUCGCAGAAAACAGCUGAACCAUUCACUGUCUGCUGGGUGACAUGGACUCCGUUUGCUUAUUUGCUGGUGCUUUAUAUUUAUAGUGGUACACUGUGGGUAGGUCAUCCUAUGGCGCUAUCGAAGGGUGCCAAUUUGAUGCUUUGAUUCUCUGCAGCCCUAAAAAUGGGCCUGCUGGAGAAACGAGCCUCUUGGGCUCUUUGCCCUCUUGACUCCAGCUUAUCUGUUGCAUUCUCAGAGGGAAGGGGAACCACAGACUAUCUGCUUGGAGGGCUUUUUACCAGUAACAAACCAAUGUUUAUGGUAUUAUGCGCUAAAAGGCAGACAGGAAAGGCUUCUGUUUAAUCAAUAAUGUAUGCUCCAGUUAGUCUUAUCCUCUGGACAUCAUUAAACAUGUAUUUUGUUUCAUAACUGAUGAUUUUGGCUGACUGGAGUUUAUAACUAGAUAUCCUCAAGCCUUUGCAUCCACCAUCAGGCAGAUCUGAAUUGAGCUAGGCAGUCAGCUAUGUUUAGUGUUAAUGUGGAAAGUAAACUUAAAAAUAAGUGAGAGUUGGGAGUUAAUUAUAAAUAGUAGAAGUGGAGUGUAUGCAAGAGCAGACCUCAUGCCUCUGAACACAGUCAGACAGCAGCAGCAAGGUUUGAUGUUUAAAUGUUGUAGCCCACUGUGGAGGAGCUUUACUAGUAAGCUUAGAAACUUUGUGUAUUAAAAAUCAAAUUAAACCACACUACAUUUUGUUUAAAUGGUAAGGAAAUGUACGUUCAAGGUUUACUUAAUAAUGUUAAUUGGCAAUGGAGCAGUAUCACUUAAUAAAUGCGCUCCAUUAAACAGAUCCGCCAUAAUGUCUCACCAGCUUGGAAAGAUUUCCUUGGCAUACAGCGCUGAUUCUUAGGCUUGCAGUCCGACUCUGAUUACAGUGGUACCCCAGGUUACAUACGCUUCAGGUUACAUACGCUUCAGGUUACAGACUCCGCUAACCCAGAAAUAGUGCUUCAGGUUAAGAACUUUGCUUCAGGAUGAGAACAGAAAUCGUGCUCCGGCGGCACGGCAGCAGUGGGAAGCCCCAUUAGCUAAAGUGGUGCUUCAGGUUAAGAACAGUUUCAGGUUAAGUACGGACCUCUGGAACGAAUUAAGUACUUAACCUGAGGUACCACUGUAUUUAGGAAUAAGUUGCAUGGCACUUGGUGGGACCUACUUACAAUUAAACAUGUGGGAUCAGGCUCUUAGUGAUAAAUGAUAUUUGGGAGACAAAGUGAAAGAACCAGGCAAUUACCAACUUUUUUUGGCUUAUGGCUGAGAAAGCCAAUGACAUUAACAGUUGAUAGGGAGUACUGAAUGAACGGACGUUGCUGUUUAUUUAAUUAUUUAAGCCCUUGACUUUUUAGAACUCUGGAAUAAAUUGCAAUAAUGUUUUCCUUUAAAUCCAUUAUUAAUUCUGCGAUAUGUUUCAUUUCUAAUGAAAAGAAGAUCCGCCUUUGGUGCUAAGGAAGCCUUGAUACGCAUCUGUCAGAAAGGUUUGUGCAAGUUCAACAAAUCUGCAUACAGACAUUUGUUUUGCAUAAUUUAUGGUGCUUCCAUGAUACGCACUAGUAUCCAAAACUCAGUUGUGUCCUAAAAGCAACAGCAUCUGUCUUGGAAAAGUCUGCUGCACUGAAGGCUCUCUGUAAGUUCAUACUCUCCUUAAUUAUUCCUAUCUCUUUUUUUUUUCUGAGUUGCACAGAUUUUCCUUCUCAUCCUUGAUGACAGCUUGCCUAACACAAUGGCAUAUUGAUGUAUUUUCCCCCCUUCACUUAGAAAUGCAAGGUCUCUAAUACUCUGGCAUCCUUUUCUGUAUUCCCAAUCUCUUUUCUUGCGGUUGCAUUCCCACUUGGGUAGUCCUGCUGUUGCAAGGCCAACUACUUAGGCUUUACUGAAUCUUUAAGGACUUGUGGUUCACUUGAUUGUACAAUAAGCAGUUAUAGCAGUUCAGUGUGAGCCUCCCAUAGGGCUUUGAAUCGAAGCAAGAAAAAUGUAACUAAAAUUCUGGAGAAAAGCCAGUAUUUCAUCCUCACGAUUUCUAAACACUCCCCCUCCCGGUCAGCACUAUACACUGGUUGUUUUCAUGCUCUAGCAAGAGCGAAGAUGUUAAGAUUGCUUCGUAUUUUUCUCCUCUCCCUUGUACCACGGAAACAGCCAGCAAGUACUUUCAGUAUCAGGACAGAGGUAUAGGCAAUAAUUUAAAAGGAAUUCGCCUUACCUAGAUUCACUUAUUUUAUCAGCUAUUCUCUGUACCGAUGUCUUGCUUGUGCUUCACUAUCCCCAAAGUACCCCAAAGCCUGACAAACUAUUCUGAAACUGUGUUUGGGACUAUAAAGCUACAGACUUGGAGGUGGGUGGGGAGAGGAAGUCCAUAUAUACAGACUUAGUAAUGUUUGAACUGACUGCAAAACAAAAAGGCUCGUCAUCCAGUUUUGGUGACAAGUCCUCACAAAAAGCCUUGAGUUUUGCUUUGACUCAUCAGUGUGCAUUAGUUUGUACACUGAUAAAAAGAUUUGGCCAGCAUUAUAACUACAUUACAUAGAUUGGAUGACUCUUUUAAGAAUGUUUAGUAAGUAUCUUCAGAUGGAAGGACAAGCUAUGCCAGCCAAUCUUGAGUUUCUUCUAAAGUAUCCUUGUUCAUUUUGUGUAGCCUGCUCUCUCUCUUUUUAAAGGAUUUCUUUUAUUGAAAGAUUUUCAUAGACAUUCAUACAACAUCUCUGUUCUCAGUUCAUAGAGUCCUUUCUAUAGGUCAGUUACAUUUGGUGUGAGACACUGCUGUCAUAGACAUCAAAAAUGGCAAACCCAUACCAACACCAGAAAUAAAAGACAAAUUAGGGGACAUCCAAAUACCUUGGCUGACCCAUCACCAACAGCGCAUCUUCUUAAUAACCCAACAGUAAAAACAGCAGCAACUACUAGGCCUCUGACCACCUUUGAAAAACUUCUCCUGACAUCAGAGGGACAUAGCAAGGGGAUGGUAUUCACAAUAUACAAAAUAUUGCUCCAAGGCAUUACAAAAUCCCUCACCACAAUCAAAGAUUACGAAAUAAACCCUACCCAAUGGUCUAAACCACCCUUCUCAGCCAAAAGAAGGGAACUCACAUCGAAACUAGUUUAGUCUGCUCUUUGAUGCAUGGAGCAAAAUUGGUGUAAGGGUCUUUAACAUCUUUCUAUCUAUUUUCCUAGAAUACGCCUUUUUAAAGAUGCCUUCGCUGAAGGGUAAAGUCCAGACUGUUUUGGGCCUUGUUGAGCCUAGCCAGCUUGGUUAUACGAUGACCCACGAGCACUUGACAAUGGAUUAUACUUGCUGUUACUACCCACCUCCUUCAGGCCAAGAAGCACUCUCUGAAACAUCCAUUGAGAUGAAGAACUUGUUUUGGCUGAAACAGAAUCCCUACAGCCACAAAGAGAACCUCCUCCUGCAUCAAGAAACAAGUGCUGUGAAGGAAGAACUGCUGCAGUUCAAAGCUGCAGGUGGUGGGACCAUAGUGGAAAAUACAACCACAGGGAUAAGGAGAGACAUGAAGACCCUAAAGCAGCUUGCGGAAGAAACUGGUGUCCAUAUUAUUGCUGGUGCUGGCUUUUAUGUUGGUGCCACUCAUUCUCCUGAAACACGAGCGAUGUCUGUGGAGCAGGUGGGUCUCAAAACGUGCUGAAAGUUGGGCGCUCUUAUUGGCAACCUCUGAAUACCUCAAGAUAUGUUGUUUGCCCUUAACAUGAUUAAAAUAGGAAGCCUUGAAAUUGGGAAUUAGGUGUGUGUGUGCAUAAUACACUGGGUUGGAUACAGAGGAAUUCACCUCUAUGGUAGAAGAGCUUUUCUUGACAAGGCAAGAUCCUUCCAUGAGAAAAUGAACUGAAAACCAGUGGGUUUGCUGCUGUUAUCACAGUGCAUCCUGCAAUCUCAUGCACAGUAUCUUAGGAUGCAUGUGUGAGCUAAGUUUCUGUUGCCCGCACCCUUUGGUGAUGGUUUGCCAUUUUUCAAUGCCAUCCUUGGUGAGGUGUGUCUAUUGACUUUCAGGAGAAAUAUAAAAACAUUCCCGCUCACUCAGGCAUUUGAAGGCCGAAAGAUACUGACCAUGGCAAUCUUGAAAUUAGGAACGACAUUGUUUUACUUAAGUUUUGAUACUAUGCAGCACAGAGAGUUUUAACUUAAAAGAAUGUUUAUUUUCUACAGCUGACAGAGGUUAUAGUUAAUGAAAUUCUCCAUGGAGCUGAUGGAACCGACAUAAAGUGUGGGGUCAUAGGAGAAGUUGGCUGCUCGUGGCCUCUGACAGAAAGUGAAAACAAAGUACUACAAGCAACAGCACAUGCUCAGUCGCAGCUUGGCUGCCCUGUCAUCAUCCACCCUGGCAGGAAUAGUGAUUCACCUUUCCAGAUCAUUCGAAUUUUGCAGGAAGCUGGAGCUGAUACCUCAAAAACCGUCAUGUCUCACAUGGACAGGUGAAUGGGCCACUCUGGUGUUGGAUUGUUUGCAAAUAUUUCUGCUUCUAGACCAGGGGUUGUCAACCUGGUUCCUACUGCCUACUAGUGGGCGUUUCAGGAUUCUAGGUGGGCGGUAGGGGGUUCUACAGCACAAGCUGAAUCCUCUUUCCAUCGAGCACUGGUGGGUGAUAAGGAAAUUUUACCAUCAAGAAAGAUGCAUUCGUGGGCGGUGGGUAUAAAAAGGUUGACUGCCCCUGUUCUGGACAGUGGAAGUUUUAAGAAACCCACAGCAGGUUGAAUCUAAUCAGGUUUUAUCAGUGUUCUGAUACUUCAUUACAGCAAGCAUUGUAACAGUUCCAGCAUUUGCAGUACUCAAAAUAUGGCAAUUGCAGGGAAUACUUUAAUGCAGAUACAUACCAUACUGCCAGACUGAAACUCUAGUGAAGUUGGUGACAAUCGUCAAAGUGGCAUGUAUGUGCAAAACUGCUUAGACCUGCUGACAUCUACAAAUCUUUAAUUCCAAAAUGCCGGCAGUCUAAAUGGUUUGUAGAUCUCAGUGCUCAUUAGAAUAAGAGUGUCUGUUCAUGUUGGGGAGUCGCUCCUUGAGCACCUAAAUAAAUCAUCACAUUUUCAAAGUCUGCUUUGCGUUUAUCAAGACCCAUUUAUGUCAGAGAAACGUUCAGCACCAUAACUAAGAUAUUGUGCUAAGAUACAACACUUAUAACAGUGUUUGAACUACAGUGGUACCUCGGGUUAAGUACUUAAUUCGUUCCAGAGGUCCGUUCUUAACCUGAAACUGUUCUUAACCUGAAGCACCACUUUAGCUAAUGGGGCCUCCUGCUGCUGCCACGCCGCUGGAGCACUAUUUCUGUUCUCAUCCUGAAGCAAAGUUCUUAACCCAAGGUACUAUUUCUGGGUUAGCGGCGUCUGUAACCUGAAGCAUAUGUAACAUGAAGCGUAUGUAACCCAAGGUACCACUGUAUAUGAAGUUUCACAACCCCCUUCAAAACUUAUUAGAACAUCAAUGUCAUAUCACUGUCACUUCUCCAACUUCAUUGGGUAAUCCCUGUCUGGCUCUUAAACCUCUUUAGUUGCUGCUGCCCCCCCCCCAGCUUUGCACACUCCCAACACUUACUGCUAACUCCUCACAUUCACAGGCGUACAUUCAGUGACGCUCCUCCCUUUGGACUUCUGUGUUGUCCUUUCUCUCUCUAGUGCAAAUAGAGGUUCUUCAAAUGGGGUAUUCUGCUAAGUUUUUAUCAGAACAGACCUAUUUAUUUAAUGGUACUAACUUAAUGUCCAUGAAUAUAACUGUCGUUUUAGGUAAAUGCCACCUAUCGUUUGAAUUGGUUGCAUUUUGUCAGCUAGCUCGUAUAAAGUGGUACACCAAGACCCUCUGCAGUUUUCAGAUAGUCCGCAAAUAGAAGCUUGAGAACUGCAGAUAUGGACGGUGCUGAGCUUUUCGCACCAAAGGUUUGAUUCUGUGUAAGAUGAGCUUCCCAUGUUCCUAACUGGUAGCUGGUUCAACCUGCUGCAUAAAGGCCAUCUGCCUUCCCCUCCAGUAUGUGGCAACACUUGGCAUGGACACAUUGGAGAACUAUGUAUCUGCAGAUCAGAUAGCUUUAAAUAGCCUGUUGCAGGAUAAGAAUGGAUCUUCUGCUUUCUCCAGACUAUGUUGCAAAAACAAUAACCCCAAACCACAACAAUUCUACACAUCCUUAAAUAGCUACAUCACAUCGCUUGAAUCCUCUCCUGCUACAACUGCAAGAUGUUACUGCUACCUCUGUAAACAAAAGUCACAGAACGUCCAUGGAGAGCAAAGUAGUGGAUGCUUCACGCCUUCAGUUAAAAAAACAUGAUCUGUGCUGCUAAGCCACAUUUAUAUGACCUUGUGUGGUUGAUGAUUAGUUGGCAGAUGACCAUGUAUUGAUUAGCAUUGCUGAAGGCUGGAAGCUAUUUGUAGUCAUAUGACUUAUCAUUGAAUUGUUGUGAGUGCUCUAUAGCACACUAUGUAAAAUAAUUUUCCCUGAUCAUACAUGUAUAAUUUAAAUGUGCUUUACAUGAAACACAAUGUAUGUUACUACCUACAUUUCCACUCAUGCUUAGGCAUUUAUGAGAAAACGGAAGCCUAAAUGAUUUUUUUAAAAUAAAAAUAAAACACAAACUCUCUUCCAGAUUGCAACUACUUUCUUGUCUGAUUGCCUAGAAUUAAUUCUUGAUUGCUUCAGGUAACCAUGCCGGUUGCUAUUGACAGGCCUAAUUUAAAUAAUUCCCCAACUCUUUUAAUAUAUAUUCACACCUAUACCUAGAAAAGCAUAUUCCUAUGAACGUGAUUUUAAAAUUAUAAUAAUACAAAAUAUUGCCACGGUACUACAGCGUAUAAGUACAUUUACAUAGCAAUUUUGGCUUCUAGUGUUGAGCUGUAAAUGAAAGCCAUACUACUUGCACACUACUUUGAAAGUCCAUUGGAUAAGAAUCUCUGGUCCUGUGUAAACUGUGAUUAUUAUUAUUUUUAAACAAGAUUUUUAUUAUUAAUUACAGUUGGCAAUAAUGAGUGUCCUGCUGGUGCCAGUUGUGUUUGAACAAGAGCUUUCUCUCACUCGUUCCAUCUGUUCCUUCUACUUAAUCCUGCUGUUAAGUCACAAUAUUGAAUUUGUGACAUCAGUCAUUUCCAUAGCGACAGACUAUGAUGCAACCGAAUUAAAUGUUAAUGGCUUUGUGGCAUUAAGCAGAAGGAGCACCAAGGUAAUGUAGGUGAGAAUGAUUCUUUUGAGUUUCACCCAUACAGUAUUUUUGGGUAGUCAGGCAAGAGAAGGAGAAAGGGUAGAAGAAUGCAAAUAGUUUGACAACACUCCACAUCCAACACUUCAUGGAGGGCAAAGGGCAAACCCUCCUUGUUUCCGCUCUGUCCGUUGCCAACAUUUAUGCCAAAUGUACGCAGUAAAUUAUUGGCAAUAUAUAUACAGUGGUACCUCGGAUUACAUACGCUUCAGGUUACAUACGCUUCAGGUUACAGACUCUGCUAACCCAGAAAUAGUACCUCGGGUUAAGAACUUUGCUUCAGGAUGAGAACAGAAAUCGUGCUUUGGCGGUGCAGCGGCAGCAGGAGGCCCCAUUAGCUAAAGUGGUGCUUCAGGUUAAAAAAAGUUUCAGGUUAAGAACAGACCUCCGGAACGAAUUAAGUACUUAACCCGAGGUACCACUGUGUGUGUGUGUUUGUGUACGUACUUCUUGACAUCACCUCAAGGUUUCAUUAACCAGAAGGACAGGAAACAAAAUAUAACUACCAUAUGUUAGAAAUGUACCCCCCAUUUUUCAAAGGGGGUUUCCUUAGGUGGAGAAACCUCCUUCUGACUUCUUGGUGUAGAUGUAUCAGAAGAAUUUAAAGAUAAAUUUCAGACAGGGAAACUGAAGGAAAAUGCAAAUGAGGCAAUAUCUGUCCUCGGUGAUCUGCGGUAGUCCACCUUUAUUAAUUGGUGGACAACUUUGUUCACAAAUAAUUAAAGAAAAGCAUGAGUUGAAAUACAUAAUUAUUUAUUAAACAUGUUUAAAUAUAAAAUAUUAAUUGUAUGGCUUUUCCCCAAUGAAAUAUAAAUAGCUUUGUUUCUAGGUUUGUUAGGAGGUAUCUGCUUAUUUUAUGGAGAUAUUGAUUGCUUUUAUCACCUUAGGCUAAAAAUAACCACAACUGGAAAGCUGGGGUGUGCAUAUGUUCUUUUUAACAAGCUUUCUGAAUCUGGACUAUUGCUAGCAAUGCAGGCUAUGUGAAACUUCACUUGCCCACAAACCUUUAGAAAUGCCACCACUUUUUUUUUUAAUGUCUUGAAGAAGACCAAACUAGUCUCUGGAAUUAGGUCUGGAAUAUAUUUAAAAUUUAUUAGCAACUUCCUCCCCAAGGUUGCCAAGGAAUUCUAAGGGGGAGGGGAGAAUCAGUGCAGUUUUGAAAGAUUCAAUCCACCUUGAUUCAAAAUGGCAUCCAGCUGGAUUCAAAUAUUGACUAAAAACUGCUCCUUGAUCAUGCAAAAUUUGGGUAAGAGCUGUCCAAAUUCACAGUGAACAAACAACAAACAACAAUAUAUAUAGUAGAGGAUUUGGGGUGUGUUCUUAUUCCUGAACGAAAAAUCAUUACAGGCGGGUUAUAGGUUGCUAUUUUUAACUUAGAGAUAUUGUGUGGCAUUCAGCUAAGUUUUACUCAGAGCAGACACACUGUGAUUGCAUAAGAAGAGAUUGCUGGAUCAGGCCAGUGGCCCAUUUAGUCCACUAUCCUGUUCUGACAGUGGCCAACCAAAUUAAUGGACCUAACUUAGUUCUGUAGAUUAAUUUUAGCUUAGUUGAAUACUACUGAUAGACUCUGCUUCUUGUUUGAGAGACUGUACAUUUUGUCUCUCUCCAUUUUUGUUUUUAAACAUAUUGACAUAGAAUUCCACAACAAAGUCUAUCCCUUCCAAUAGUUCACAAAAUGGAAAGAUAAAAUGUAAUUUAAUACAGUCCACUGUUUUGAUAGUUAUAAGGAUAAAUAUGUUGUAGCUUGAAAUGUUUUCAAAUUUCAAGGCUUGGUGACAAAUUAAACAAGGUUGUAAUUCUACCUGAGACCUAUUGGUUAUGUAUAUGAAUCCUUAAAAAAAAGUUUUCUCAGCAAAAUGUUAUGGUGGUGACGAGACUGGAAAUACUCUGAACAAACAUAAAAUAGGAAUAUGGGGAGAAAGUUCAAGAAAUUAAUUUUAUUUUAAGAAGUCUUUACAAUUUCUUUGCUAAUUGACUUUACACCAUAAAUGUUGCUGAAGAGUAAAAAAUAAGUAAGAAAUCAAACUAUGAUGACUAGCUAGUCUGUUGAAACCUGUAUGUGUCAAAAAAAUAAUAAUAUUUGUAAGAAUAUCUGGGGUCAGAAACUCUGCAGUUAUGUAAUGUAGGCUGCAAUUCUAUUUACCUGGGAGUAAAUCCCAUUGAACUCAAUGGGACUUGCAUCAGAGCAGACAUACAGGGUGAGUCCUUUAAAAGAGGCCCAGUGGAUAUAGAGUACACAUGUUCCACAAGCCCUCUUUUAAAAGACUCACCCUGUAUAUGCUGGAUUGUGCUGUGAAGCUGACUUCUAAUGAAUGAAUCUGUUAUGAAUGAAUAUUUGCUGUGUUUGAAGGCUAUUGUCAAAUGAGGUUAAAUGAUUCAAAUCAGCUAUGAGAGAGAAUUGCAUUGAGCAAGUUUAUAGUGUAUACUGUGAUUUGUACAGGACUAUAUUUGAUGAGAAGAAACUGUUGGAGUUUGCUGAGCUUGGAUGCUACUUAGAGUACGACCUCUUUGGAACAGAAUUCAUUUUGUACCAAAUGAAUCCUGAUAUUGAUAUGCCAAGUGACAAUGAAAGAAUUUUAAGGUAUGUAUUGCAAUGUACAGACAUGGAAACUUCUGCUGGAGAUAGCAAUGUUGUUAGUGUCCAGGUUUUGAAAGUACCACAAACUGAACCUGUGUGUAAGUUGCACUAGCAUGGCAUUUCAAUGUGCCUGCCUUCCAUGUAUAGCUAUUCUAUUUAGUUUAACGUCUUAAAUCACAAAGGUCCAGGGCAGACAUAAUACACAGUCACUAAGCAUGGUUAAGAAAUAAGAAGUGGAGAGCCCGUCCUCAUUGCUUUUGCAUUAAAAUUGAUCCUUCUCUUUCCCUGAGAUCUUUCAUCAUAGACCAAACCAGGUGUUACAGCAGCACAAUAUUUAUGUUCUGUAAUUUCAAUAUCCUGUAGCAGUGAUAGAGCCAUUUAAAUAUUCACCCAGUGCUUUUCCAGCUGCAUUGGCUCCCUGUGGAGUACAGGGUCAGAUUUAAGGUGCUGGUUUUGACCUUUAAAGCCCUUCACGGCCUAGGACCCUCAUACCUAUGGGACCGCCUCUCCUGGUAUGCCCCACGGAGGACCUUAAGGUCCAUAUAUAGCAACACCCUAGAGGUCCCGGGCCCUAAGGAAGUUAGAUUAGCCUCAACCAGAGCCAGGGCCUUCUCAACACUGGCUCCGGCCUGGUGGAAUGCUCUGUCUCUUGAGACCAGGGCCCUGCAGGAUCUGAUCUCUUUCCACAGGGCCUGUAAGACAGAGUUGUUCCACCUGGCCAUUGGCUUAGAAUCAGUUUGAUUCCCUCCCCCUCUUUCUUUUUCCUUUCUCCUCCUAUGAAGAGAUUACACCCUAAUGUUUUAGUGUUGUGUUUUAAUCUUUUAAAUUGUAUUUUAAUCAACUUGUUUUUAUUAUUGGUUGUUAGCCACCCUGAGCCCAGUCUUGGCUGGGGAGGGCGGGGUAUAAAUAAAAAAAUUAUUAUUAUUAUUUAUUAUUAAAGCACAGCUGUGGCAUAAAGGGGGAAUUCAAACUUCUGAGACCAGAAGUCCAGCCCCAACAGGAGACAAUAUAUGGGGAGAAAGCAUCUAUAGGGGAAGGGUUCAUCCAGAAGAUAUACCCUGUUUGAUAAGAAAUUGGCACAACCAGCAUUGUAACAGAGGUUGUGACUCUCUUAAGCUUCCAUUUUGACUUCAUGGUUAAGGGUUAACGCCAGGCAUAGGCAAACUUGGCCCUCCAGACGUUUUGGGACUACAACUCCCAUCAUUCCUGACCACUGGUCCUGUUAGCUAGGGAUGAUGGGAGUUGUAGUCCCAAAACAUCUGGAGGGCCGAGUUUGCCUAUGCCUGGUUAACGCUAAUCAAGAUCUUCCUUAACUAUAGUUAGCAAAUCAGCUUCAAAACUUGCUUAUGAUGAGUGAGCUUUAAUCAUGGUUAAGGUGACCACAGUCACAAUCCUGAGUCCUGCUUAAGGCUGUACAUGGAAGUGCAGGCAAAAUGAGUGCAGAAGCAGAGGGAAUGUGCAGUCCUGCAGCCGCCUCCUGAUCUGCUAACCAGGGUUAGAAAACGGGAUUCGUACAUCUGCAGUAGACCUUCUUAAUGUAGGAAGUCUGUUCCCCUCCCCUAUGCUUACCUAUCAAUACUAAAUUCACAACGUUACAAAAAGCAAAGCGAAUCAAGAUGGGACAGGAACAAACGUUUCCACAGAAGUUUCAACACAAAAGAAAUACUGACACUCUGGCUGUUGACACAUAUUACUUACUAUUUGGUUGUCAAUACAAACCAGCUUCUUCUUUUUAGCUCUUAUGUGUAUGGAGACGCUGCUAAGAAAGCAUGAUUGCGCAUCACAGAAUAAUAACACAUUGCUUAAAAUCCUGCCGCUCUCAUUAGAAAAUAAGUUAAGCUAGGUAAAACUGAACUUUGUUUCAGCUACUCCGUCAACCUGCCCUAUACCGAGUUAAAUUAACACACUGUGAAGUUGCUCCUAAAACCUCUGCUUCUUGACUAAUCUGGAGCCAAUUUUGUGAUGAAUGAAAGUGCUCCUUGGACAGAUACGACUGGAAGUUAUGCAGGUAGAAAGGCUAUUAUUAUCAGUAAUGCUUUUGCUAUUGAUUGUGGCAACAGUUCACAAUACACCUCACCAUGACAAUUCCCUCAUAAUUCCUUCCCGAAACUGGCAUUGAACAAAAGUAGCAGUAGGUUUUUAUAGGGAGACAAGAUUGCCUUUCACCCAGAACGAUUUGCGCAUUUAUGCUAGAGAUGCCAUUAAACUUCUUUUUGUGCAUUCAGUUUAUUGUUGGUGAGCAUGCUAGGAAAACUGGCAGGCUACUAUUAAUUCAUAGUCAGCUCAUGUUUGACUUGUAUUCAUCAUAGUCAUACAAAUCAAGCUGACCUCUGUGUCUGGUUGUAUAAACACGGGAGAGGGAAAGGUAUUUUUCAGACUUCACUCAUGUUCAGUUCCACUAACGCUGAAUAAAAGAUUUGUAAAUAUCCAGAUUUGCAUGUGCAUCUUUAAAUAUGUCCCUUGAGACAGCAUAGGAUUGUAUAGAGAUUUUUUUUGGGGGGGGGAGUGUCUUACGAUAACUUCUCAACAUUUUAUUAUUGGAAAUUAUUACUGAAAUAUUCAAAAGUAUGAGACUUCCGGGGUGGCGCCUCCGGAAAAUGGCGGAAUUCCCUUCGGACUGAAGGGAACCCGCUGCACGGAGGCUUGGGUCCUGCCGCUACGGCGCAGCGGGGACCCUCAAAACCACAGGCGGAAGAAGCCUGUGGACGUGGGACUCGGCGGGCACCGAGAGCGGGCUCGCCCCUGGUACAGGAGCCCGGUAACGGGCUCCGGAGUGGGAGGUGCGUGGUGCUGUGAGUCGACUGCUUCCUCCGUGCAGCAAAGCCGCACUGCCGUUAUCGGAGAACGCUGCCUUUUUCCUGGACAAUUUGGCAUCUAAAAUAUCUAUCCGUGAGUACCUGAUCUUGGAAGAGUUGAACCACUUUUAAGACUGGUGAAUAAACAAAUAAUAUUGGACUUGAAAUUGAACUUAAUUGGGACUCGGAACGGGAAGGUCUAAACAGGAAGUCGCCUUCCGUUCUUUGUUACGUGAAGAAAGCAAAGACAAAAUAUACUAAAGCUUGAAAAUUAAAUUCUAAGAGAACUAGAAUUCAACAUCUAAGAUUUUUGAACCCCCCCUUUGACUGCAGGAGAAGAAGGGGGUUGUAUUUGGACUUUUCAAUCCUGCGGAAGUGAGUUUAAAAUAAAGCAAUUUUCCACCCCCUGAACCAGGAGCGGGCUGUCAGAACUGACGUUUUGAAGUUUAUCCAGCUCGACAGUUAGUUAAAAGAAGGGUAACAUUUUGAUUCUACUGUUGCCUCUUGAAUUUGGAAGGGGGAAUUUUGGAUAAAGUGUUUCUGGAAAAAGAAAGAUUGUUGCUGUUGCUUUUAUUCCUUUAAAAAAAAAAAAUUCCAUCUAGUGGAAUUUAGUGAAAUUGCAACGCAGAGAGAUUAAAAGAGAAGGACUAUUGGACUAUUGUCGUGGGAAAGAAUUUUCUUCGACCUUGAAGGACAAUGCUAGUACAAAGGCUUGAACAAUUGUUCCUGGAAGGUUUUUCAAAACUAAGUGCCCAGCUGGACCAGAUGCGUCAGGAGACGACCUUGAUGAUGGAAGUUACCAGAGCACAGCAGCAAACAAAUGAAAUUCAGUUAAAGGCUAUACAAGCAUAUGAACCUGCUGUAGUGACGGAGGCUUCAGAGAUGGAGGGACCUUUGGACGGGCAAGAUCAGCCUUUGAACUUGAUAAAUGAACUUGGGACAAACCAGAUUCGGAAAGAUGAAAUGUGGUCAGAUUUGGAAAUGGGGGAUGGAUCGACCCCCCUCCAUAUGGUUAUUUGGACCUUCCGAGUCUAGUGAUGGGCUAUCAGAGGAUUGGAGUAGCCGAAGUCUCCAAGCUUUGUGGAAAUUUGAAGUGGUAUUAUUUGCUGUCUGGCUUGGGCAAUGGGUUUGGGAUGGACUUGCUGCAAAGGGUCAAAAGCAUUUUCUUGCUGGAGCAUCCACGACUGGAAAGGAAUCAUCAACAAGAGUGGCGAAAGGGGCAAGAAAGAGACUUGAGGGCCUCGGAUACGAGACAACCAGGUUAAGGAGCCGGAUUAUCGAGGUUAAAAGGACUGACAAUCCCGGGUCCAGGGAGGGGAGGUUGGAAGCUGACUGGACUGAAUUUGACUUAUUAUUUUUUCCUUUUUAUUUUUUAAUAUUGGGAAUGCUUACAAAUGUUUGAAGGAUGUUGAAUGAAAUUACAUGGCUUAAGUAAGGAUUGGUAAAUGAUUCGUAAAGGUAAUGAUGCAAGAAUUUGGUAAAUAUUGAAUAUAAGCUAUGAGUCUUAAAGUUUUUAUAUGACAAGAGGGAAAAUAGAAUAAGGAAACGUAAUGACAGAUUGUUAUGAAAAACAGAAAGGAUUUGCUGUAAAAAUUAAAAAUUAAGAAACAAAAGAGGGGAGGAGGAGGAAGUCUAGAAAGGAAGUCAAUAGAGAUUGUAAAGGACUUUAUAUUUUUGUUUUUCUGUUUUUCUUUUUUUUUUCUUUGCGGCUGGGUUUUCUUUUCUUUUUUGUUUAUGUACUAUUUUUGUUUUUUGUAUCCUCAAAUUUUUUUGGAAAUUUUUGUUGUUAUUCUUUGAAAACUUAAUAAAUAUCAAUUAUUAAAAAAAAAUGAAAUAUUCAAAAGUAUAGUUAUGUUAUGGUGAGUUUGGAGAGCAAUUAUGUGGAAAGAAAGUUGUUUUCUUUUAAAAUCAUUGCUGGCUUGCUUAUUUAUUAAUCUGUCAAUUCAAGGAUGUUUGAGGUGGGUGAAGUGAUUAUGCUCUCGUAAUACUGCAUUCAUAAUAAUAUAUUGCUGCUUAUUAGCUCAGAUGUGGCUGCAGCGAUCAUGUAAAGCUCAGCCUCACAGCAACAUAGGCAACUCUUAAUGCUUGUGAUCAGAUAAUCUUGAUUCAUUCCACUAUGAUUACAGUGUUCAUAAUAACGAAUAACUGAGUAUCCCAAAACCACCCAUGUCCAACUACAGAAUUCUGCUCUCUGGACUGUGCUGUCCCAUCAGUAUUUCUGAAUUACACCUGUUUUGCUAGUAGAACAUUCAAAGCGCGGUGCUAAUAAGAGAUCCAGCUCUGUCAUCUCAUACACAGGAUUUCAGGAAGCAAACUUUCUCAUGUGAAUAAGCCCUUGGCUGACUAGGUCUUGUUGCUUCAUCACACCUGUAUUUGGUCAUAGGUUUAUGUAGUCAGAUCUAAGACAGAAUACUCUUGGAUGCCUAUUCUUUAUAGAUUUCAUGCAUUGAGAGUGUGCAGAGUUCUGUUUGCUGGUAUCUUGUGCAUGGAAUCGCCAAACCUCAGCCUUCAUUCACAGGCAUUGUAGGAUUUUCAGGAGGUGGGUGGUGGCUGUCUGUGUUGCAUUGCAUUUCAUCUUCAGUUUUCCUAGCUGUUAGACAACUUCCCUCCCCAUUCAGCUGCCAGGCCUCAAAUGCAUACUUCUCCUUUUGUCUAGAUGUUUCCCAGCCAAACUGAUUUUUCACUUCCCUCACAGAAGCUGCAUUAUUUGAAAGCAUUCUAUAACUUGGAUAAAUAUUCCAUUAUGUCACAACAACUCUGCCAAUAGCUGGUGCCGAGGCAGGCAAUUACCAAAGUGUUGGGCGAGUAUCAUUUUCAGCCAAUUUAUAGGCAUAGCAGCUGUGUUUGCAUAUCAUGCUAAACUAUAGUUUAGCUCAACUAGCAGGGACAAGACACAGCAAGCCUCGGGAUUGUGCAGUCUCCCUGUUCCUCCUCCCAUGGAACCAGGACGAGGAGUUCAGAAGCUACUACUUCCACUUUUGAUUAUCUACAGCUUGCCAUGUCAUCUGCCAUGUCCCUUGGACCCCAGACCUGUAGCCCAUCUUAAACUGUGGUAAGUUUCAGACAAGCCACUUUCAGUAAUGUUGGGUUGAAGACUGCUUAUUUGAAACUGAUCGCAGUUGUUGGUCCAAAUGAUAUGACAAACAGCAGAUAAGCAAAAACAGAAGCAAAAGUUUCCAAACUGUUCCUCCUCAGGAAGGAGGGAAAUGUUAGUUUGUUACAUUUCUUUUAAAACACACAAGACUAGGUCAUUUAAUUUAAAAUAGUGUGAGUCUGUACCUGAUAAUUAUUUCUGCAUUACUAUCAGAUUAAUAUGAACUAUACAUUGACAGAUGUGUAUUGUCUGUAUUUUUGCAGGGUUCGGAUGUUGAUUGAUGAAGGCUGUGAAGACAGAGUUUUGCUUGCUCAUGACGUGCACACAAAAAAUAGGUUGAAGAAAUAUGGGGGUCAUGGAUAUUCUCACAUACUUGAAAACAUAGUACCAAAAAUGUUAAUCAGAGGCAUAUCGCAAGAAAAGAUUGAUAAGCUAUUGGUAGGAAAUCCCAGACGAUGGUUGACUUUCGAGUAGGGAGUUCUAAGUAUUGCUGUGGCUAGAUUUCCUUCUGUGAAACUGGAAAUUUGAAACCUAAAUUCUUUGAAGAAAACUAAAGUCCUACAAAUCUGGCGUCUUAAGAGUAAGAUAAGCCAUAGUAUACCUACUGUUUGUGUCCAGGUCCCUUCAGAUACAGGGAGUGGGGGCAGUUACACAGCUUCGCUAAAGGGCAAUUUUUAUCUGUAAUAAGUAUUUGCUUGGCAAGUAUGGUAGACCUGUAUAGCUCUGUUCCACAUACUAUUUCUAAAAUCACCAUAAAACUGCUUAAAGCUGCUGGGAUGCCUUCAUGCAGUGCUUUUAGCGGAUACUCACAACAGCCUUGAUAACAGCAUCAUGCUGUGCAAGGGCCUAGACUGAUGGAGUACCGUAUUUUUUGCUCUGUAAGACGCACCAGACCACAAGACGCACCUAGUUUUUGGAGGAGGAAAACAAGAAAAAAUAUAUUCUGAAUCUCAGAAGCCAGAACAGCAAGAGGGAUCACUGCGCAGUGAAAGCAGCAAUCCCUCUUGCUGUUCUGGCUUCUGGGAUAGCUGCGCAGCCUGCAUUCGCUCCAUAAGACGCACACACAUUUCCCCUUACUCUUUAGGAGGGGAAAAGUGAGUCUUAUAGAGCAAAAAAUACGGUAAUUAUGAUGGCUUCUGCGGACUCAUUCUGGAGUUGGGCUCAAGCACCAUUGCUGGAACAUUUACACAUAAUCCUAGCUGGGAUCCUGUAAACCCCAGCUGCAUGCCUAAGGCACUUCUGCACAGGCACAGGAAAUUCCUCGUUUUUUAUUUUCAACUUCACUCUGAUGUGUCAGGUGACACUUGAAAAUAGGAGUGGGGAAUCUGUUACCCUCCAGAUGCUGGACUGCAAUGCCCGUCAUUCCUGACCACUGGCUAGAUGCUAACUGGGGUCGCUGGGAGUGGAGUCCUAAUAAUAUAAGGCUUGGUACAGGUUCCCCAUCCCUGUCUUAGUGUCACUGAUCUGCAGGAGAGCUGCUAUAGAGAAGGGAGGAACCAUGAGUAGAAGCAGAAAUACAAUACUUUUGUCAGCUUUCCAUGAAACAUACAUCAAAGUUAGCUGCCCAGUAUAUUUGUAUUCCUGAUAUUUAUGGUCAAAACACUUUAACCCCUGUGCCUCCUUUGACCUUCCCUUUUAAUUUUUUGUGUGAAUGCUACUUUGAAUUGAAAUUUAAAAAUAAAGCAAAAAAAAAUAUGACUGGGGCGCCAAGAAAAUAUAGAGGUUGCAUUUUUUUAAAAUGUGGGUCUUUUGAAGAUGAUGUAAUGGCUGUAUUACUUUAGGAAUUUUCUAUGCAUGUGUAUUCAGACAUUCAGGAUUUACUCCCAGGUAAAGCGCUUGUGGUUUCAGGAUUUCCACUUAAAAGCACAAUCUUUAUCCACUUAGUUUAAUGGCGCAUACUCCCAAGUAGGUGUGCCUAGGGUUAUUUUUGGCUAAAAUUACCUCCCUCCAAAAUGAUUUUUUUCCUAAUACUGAUGCUCCUACUAAGUAUCCAUAUGCUCUUUAUUUAAUGAUUAGUUUUUACAAAAUAAUGUUCAAAAUUUAAAAAUGUUCACAAUGUAUAAUUACAUAUUGAGAAUAUCUUUAAAUAGCAUUUUAAGGGCUGGAUUGCAAAACCGUAUCAGGGUGAAUAAAAGCAUUUAAAAGCCUCCAAUACACACUAGCCUCAAUUGAAUGCACUUCAAUCUCAUUGAAAAUCAGCAGCCACAGGCACACAGAAUGAGGUGUCCUUGCUUUGAUUUCAACAGGUUUAAAUGUGCUCAUUUCUGCAUCAGCUAUUGGUCCGUGGACUCAGGUGAUCCAAACUUUCGUUUUUCUUCUAACCCCUCCCCUCCAACAUUUAUGAUGUAUUUUAUAAACAAAGCGGUUGAGCAAGAUUCCACUUUUAGAAAUGCUUGUGUCACAAAUUAUUGUGGAGACAAUGCCCAAAAUCAAAAUAUGUAAUAACAAUAACGAACUAAUGUAACAAAGCUUAUAAUUUACAAAUCAGUUUGUCAAGAUAUGAUUUAAAAGAGACGUUUGCCUUUUAUUGUUUCUGUGGUUCUAACCAAAGAAAAAUGCUGAUUUUGCUAAAGAAAGUGUUAUAUCUGUUUAAAAUGACAGUCUGGUGAUCUAAUGUCAUUUAUUAUAUUUCCAAGCGUGCACAGCACUUGAUAUCCUG